UGUGUGGCAGCUAUUGAUUGUGAACGGGGCGCUGCUUGUCGAGCGAGGCACCGGAGGCCGGACCGCCGGACGCUGCUCCGUCUCUUUCCGCGUGCCGACUCGUGCCUUUGGUUCGCUAGCGUAGCGACACCGGUGAUUCCGUGCGCCGGCAGGCGGGCAGGCCAGGCCACCAACGCCGGCGCAACGAAAUGGCGGCAGCCGGGGACGCCGGCGGCCUCCUCGUCUGCGUGACGGGCGCCAGCGGCUUCAUUGGCUCCUGGCUCGUCCGCUGCCUCCUUGACCGCGGCUACACCGUCCACGCCACCGUCAAGAACCUCCUUGCCCGGCCGGCUGAAUCUUUCGCUGCAGAAGAUGAGGGCGAGACGAAGCACUUGCAGGCCAUGGGCGGCGCCGACGCGCGUCUCCGGCUGUUCCAGAUGGACCUCGUCGACCCUGCUUCCGUUCAGCCAGCGAUCGAAGGCGCCCACGGCGUCUUCCACCUGGCGUCGCCUAUGAUACUGCAGGCAGAAGAUCCGGAGAAGGAGCUGCUGGAACCUGCGGUGAAGGGCACGCUCAACGUGCUGCGAGCAGCGAAAGAUUGUGGAGUCGGCCGCGUUGUGCUCAUGUCGUCACAGGCGGCCAUGGUGCCCAAUCCCAACUGGCCUCCGGGUAAGGUCAUAGAUGAUGACUGUUGGGCAGACGUUGAGCUGCUCAAGAAGCUUCAGCUCUGGUACAGCGUUUCUAAAACACUGGCAGAGAAGGCUGCAUGGGAUUUUGCCGAAAAGGAGGAGUUGCAGAUAGCUGUGCUCAAUCCAGGGAUGGUAUUGGGCCCAAUGUUAACACCAUCAGUGAACGCCAGCCUGCGUCUCUUGCUGCAAAUUCUGGGAGGCGAGAGGAUUGACUUGGACGACAUCUACAUGGGUUGUGUUGAUGUGAGAGACGUCGCGCACUCUCUGAUAAUGUUGUACGAGAACCCAUCAGCACAAGGACGCCACUUAUGCAUGGAAUCCGCUGAACGCCUGGUUGAUUUGGCCAAUAAGAUUGCUGAUCUUUACCCUGAACACCCAGUUCAGAGAAUCCGGGAGGACAAGCAAGGGUGGGUGGUGAGAGCAAAGGACCCUUCCAAGAAAUUGAUCAAAUUGGGUGUUCGUUUCACUCCACUGGACAAAACCAUCAGGGACACCGUGGAUUGUUUUAGGAGCAAAGGACUCAUCUAGCUUGUGAGUGUGCUUCAAGAAAAACUUUUGUAAACUAUGUGGUCAAAUAAAUCACCCGAAAUGUGGCAAAGUAAUAUCUGCCUUUAAAGGCAUAUAGAAUAUGCCAGGUGGAUAUCAUCAUUAGAUGUACAUGUUGCCUAAAUGCAUAUGCUCUUUCUAAUUCCAUAAUUCUUGAGCUUUUGGUGGAUA